AUACGCGGAACUAAGACUCGGUAGUCAGUGACGCACCACUACACACAGCUGCUCAGCGGGGGCAAUGGAAUAAACAAAACGUCGUCAUUCUGUGCCAAACACAUCGGUGAGUGUCUUCUUUUUUUCUGUAAGGUGGAAUAUGGAGCAACAUUUGGUCCAAAACAUCUAUGCGUCCGUUCACACUGAGGCUCCUCUGUCUCCCCCGCGCCUCUCGCUUUAUUAAAUCCAACCGGAGGUGGCUGAUGGUCGGUCGGUCGGACGGACGUGCGUCUGGACUGUGCUGGGAUGUGACCGUGUGAGAAUUUGUUUUUUUUAAUUGCCAACUGUUAUUUAAGCCAAGAGUCGGUCCCGGGGCGACGGUCACCGUAGCCUGUUGUGAUUAAGGGCAGCGCGGGCAAGGUGUCACAGUUCAGACCAUCAUGCCCUUUGGUCUGGCAACAGGACAGCAAGUGUGUGUUUAAGCGCCCCUGGUUGGCUCUGCUGGGAUGAACAUGCCACUGCACCAAAUCUCUGUCAUCCCCCGUGAUGUCACCUCAUCGCGGGUGUCAGGCAUGGGGAAAGCUAAGGAGAAGGACAAGCAGAAUGAAAAGCCUCUGGGUCAUUCUGCAAGCAGGUCCAGCAAUAUAUCAAAGGCAGGGAGCCCGACUUCUGUCAACGCUCCAUGCAGUUUCUCCAGGACGUCGGUUUCCCCCUCCAGCCAGGACAUCUGCAGUCAGGAUCAGGACUGUCAGAAGCAGACUGCAGUGGUUCUAUUGAAUUCAAAAGGUAAAACCUGUCAAGGUUCAGGAGGUAUUUCAGUGACCACCCUCUGCACAGACGCCCUACCAGCCUCCAAACACGCCAAACAACGAGACUGGCUCUCCCUGCUUCGCCCCUCUGCCGUCAACAUCCGCCCCACCGGCUCGCUCAGGUUUUCUGUGUCUCUAAACGACGUGGGCCAACGCGUAGACAGCCUUUGUCGCGGCCUGCACUUUAUAGACCGCACCUGCUCGGAGGGAGAGCUGGACCUGAAGCCUAAGCCCGCUCCGCCAGCCGGCUCGGAUCAAAGGGUGCACACACUCAACAACAAGCCGGCUGCAGAACCAACACACCAGAACCAAAAUCCGACCUGUUCAACAAGCACCAACCCCCACCUCGUCCCCUCUUUCACUAACAACUACAAAUACAUGUUGGCCAUCCCUCCCACCAAUUGUCUCUUAUCUGACCCUGCCAUCCGCACCCCUCCUCCUCCUCUUUCCAACACCCACCUCCACCAUCAUGACUCUUCGAGCGCCAACUUUCUCCGUCUCCUCCUCCCCUUCUCUCGAUCCUCUACCUCAGCCAGCCUGCAGUGCUCUGAGCUGGGCAGCUACGCCUCUCAUCUCCACAUCACCAAGUCCUCUAGUGUCCUUCUGGAAGGCAGUGAGUUAAGCUACCCCGUUGAGGAUCUACUGGGAGAUGACGACGUGUUUGAGGAGGACCAGCCCAGUCUAGUUUCAAGGGGAAAGGUUCAGCUGGCCACCCCAGGAACAGUCACCAUGGCUGGGACAGGUGCUCCUCCUGCCCCCCUGUGCUUUAUGGAUGAGGACAGCGACUUGGACUGCUGCCUGUCCCCUUUGUCAGAGAAAACUGGACCACUGUCACCCUAUUCGGUAUCUGAAGACUGGUGCAGGAUUUGCCACUGUGAAGGGGAUGACGAGAGUCCUCUGAUCACACCAUGCCACUGCACAGGGAGCCUGCGCUUCGUCCACCAGUCCUGUCUACAGCAGUGGAUCAAGAGCUCCGACACCCGCUGCUGUGAGCUCUGUAAAUAUGAGUUCAUAAUGGAGACCAAGCUCAAACCGCUGCGUAAGUGGGAGAAGCUGCAGAUGACGGCGAGCGAGAGAAGGAAGAUCAUGUGUUCGGUCACCUUCCAUGUCAUCGCCAUCACCUGCGUGGUAUGGUCGCUCUACGUCCUCAUCGACAGAACAGCGGAGGAAAUCAAACAAGCCGGAAGAAUCCCAGGGAUCCUGGAAUGGCCUUUCUGGACCAAGCUGGUGGUGGUGGCAAUCGGCUUUACGGGUGGACUAGUGUUCAUGUACGUCCAGUGCAAAGUCUACAUCCAUCUAUGGAGGAGACUCAAGGCUUACAACCGUGUCAUAUACGUCCAAAACCGGCCAGACACGUGUAAAAAACUGGCGCUGGAGAAGCUGCCAAUCAUGGAGCCGAAUCUGGAGAGCAAGGAAGCUCUGGCGCCCAACCAGUCGGACACAAACUCCUCCCAUUACACAGAGACAGAGGACUACAGUAUGGAGGUGCUUCAUGUGUGACCCAGUCUCAGUCCAUGCUAUUGGUUGUCCUACUUAUCCUACACACAAGCAGGCCCAUAGUGAAGAGCAGCCGUCGUGGAAAUGCUCGGUGACCGAGGAAUAACCACACACUCCCCUUUUUCUGAUCUCAGACUGACCCACUGUCCUCCUCUGGUCGUCUUAUAUUUCCAAAACUCCAUCCACAGAGACUGACGGACCAUGACUAUUUUCUUCCAUCCACAUUCCUCCUAUCAGACCAUAUCCCUCCCUCCACCUGAACUCUCAAUCCACACUCCGCCUCUCAUAUUUCCCAGGACCGGACAGUUUUUACUGACUUCUGUAAAUGUGUGAAGAGGCCUGGAGCAUACCACUGUACAGAGAGAUACCAGCACACACAAACACACACACAUACGCACACACACACGCACACACGCGCACACACACACACACUUAGACACACACACAAACACACAUACACACACACACUUUUUCUCUCUCUAUCUCUCUCUCUUUCUUUCUCUCGUAUGUACACCUCUGGGAGAGCAAGACUGAGACAAAUGGACUCACAAACGGCUCUGGAUGUCUAUAUGUCUCUUAUGUGUGGUUUCUUUGCUUGUGUUGUUUGUUAGAUUUGUUUGUUUUUACCUCCUGUGAGUCGUCUUGGGCAAACCUGCCAUGGAUCAGUAUGUAGCGCCGCAUGUAGGAUCUCUGGAACAUUCCAGCUACUGCCAUCUCUGAUGCUGUAAUCUGUCAGCUCUGAGCUGGUCUGGAUCCGACCCGGCCUUUAUCUGGACAUGCAUCAAAGCACUUUUGUUUUUUAGUUCCCACAACAAAUCCCCUCCCUUCCUCUUGCUACUCUUUUUUAUUUUAAUAUGAAUCAAGUCUUAUUGUAUAUGUUGUACAUGGGGGAGAGCACAUUCAAACUUUGAACUCUGGUUUUAAUUGACAUUUCCUUCAACACACAUAAACAUAUAUAGUAACCCUCCCAUGGAUGACAACAAAGGAAUUGGGGGUUAAAAAUGGAAUCAUGCUGAAAGAAACAUUUGAGUGUUUUAGUUAAAAUAGACUAAAUGAGUUUUGAAUAUGACGGCUCAAAGCUCUAAUGCAGAUCAUGGAAAAUGCAGCCACAUAACUUCUCUACCACAACAUGAACUUUCUGAAGGCUUUGAGAAUGUUAACACCAUUUUUUUACUGUUACACACACAAUAAUUGCGAGAUUAUUUCCAUGUCUUGAGAACAUUACAAGAGCCUUUGGGCAUAAACAGCGCCGCUCAUGUUUUUCUAUCAUGCGAAUGACACAGUAUUUAAAGUGUGAUAUUCCAUGUGCAGUUUUUAAUAUGUUGAUUUGUUUGCUUAGUCACGAGAUGUGCCCUGAGAAAUCCACAGCUGCCUAUAUAUAGUCUGUCUUCCAAUUGCUCCCAUUCUGCAGGCAGUACGUUGAUUGAUCCCUUCAUGGAUAGUUUUGAUUUAGAAGCAGGCUGACUGUGUGUAUUUGAGUUGGCUGCUCAAAAUAGGCACAUUUAGUAUAAGGUAAUGGCUUGGAUGUUUACACAUGAUGUACUGUAUAGGAUCAUUGCUGAGCAUUCCAGGCAAGCAGAAGCCUGUUUCAGCAAAAGUGUCUUCUUUCUUCUUGCCAGACUCUUAUCACAUGGUUUUUUUUUUUUUUUUUUUUUUUUUGUAUAUCAUCUGUCCUCAGAUAAAACAUAUUGCUUGAACAGCUUUUUUUUUCAUUUUUGAAAGGAAGCACAGUGAAGCACAGUUUAAAUUCUGCAACUGCAGUAUAUCAACAUUCAGGAUGAUUUUGAGUUUUUAGAGUUUAACAUUUUGGGUUGUCACAUUUAUUAACAAUCCGUUUAAUUUGCCAUAAACAAAAUGCAAUUUGCUGCCUGUGACAGUAUGCAUCAUCUUUUAUUGAGGAGCUGACUGGAGAGCCGCCUGCUGGUGAGAAGCUGAAGGUGCAGUCUGAAGUAGGCAGCUGUUGAUUUCUCAGAGCGAUGUGUUUUUGGGCUUACAGUCAUUGUAAGUGCUUUGUGUAUGUGGGAGCACAGUGAUGCCAGGCUCAUGUUGAGCCACACAGCCAUUCCAACACACACAUUUUAAAAAAAAACUGUCUUUGAUACCAGUAUACCAAUGAUGGUCCACCAACAUAUGUGACAACUACUGCUCAGCAGCAGCAGCAAUAAAUUAAAUCUGUGCUUUGUUUUUCCAACAGUUCAUACCGUACUUGUGUAUAUACCCCACGGUGACUUGAGAUAUGGAGUCUAAUAUAAUUUUAAUACAUAACAUGAGCCAAGGGAGUUGUGUGUCAAGUUGGAUUAAGACCUAGUAACGAGAAGCUUCUCUGAAACUUUGAUACCUGCAAGGCUCAGUGCAAUUAGACAGAUAAAAAGUGCAAUUACCCUUUUGUUGAUGUUCUAUUCUCUAGUUAUGUAAUGGUGUUUAAUGUCCAGGGUGUCUUCUGGGUAUAAAAUGAUUAUUUCUUCAUUUUGUGUUGUAUUUAUUUUUAAAAGAAAACCGAGUACAAUGUUUUCAUUAAAAAAAAGAUAUAUACAUAUAUAUCCUUUCAUUAGUAGUUUUAUGCAACUUACACUCUUUUAUCUCCCAGGACAUCACUUUCAGUCUUUGUUUUGCACUUUGGAUACCUUAAUUUCCAGAACUUAAUGUGAACAUCUAUUCGACCAUCUUGCUUUUUUAAAUUGCUUGAUAAAUAUUGUUUUGCAGAAUAUUGACAUUUAACCGCAGCAUUAAAUUUAAACAUUUCAUCUUUUCCCAUAAACAACAUGGGAUACUUAGGCAUGUAGUUUCUUUGAGAUGGUAGAUAAAAAAAUGUAGAAAUGCUUCUUUUUUUAUUUUCUACUCAUAGGAGCUGGCUCCUUUCAUGAAGUCUGAGACAGAAGUUUUGAGGCCACUUUAGGACAACUUUGCAAGCAGGCAUGUUCCUCUCUGAUAGCCUUGUCUUUUUUUUUUCUUGGUGUCUAAUCCUUAACUGAUUUCUUAAUUUUAUAAUCCCAUUGAGCAGCACAUCGACUGAGAAGUAAAGAUACGUUCUCUGCCUUGCUGUCCCAGUAUUUUUGUCUAGAUUUUUCUGUCUGUCUUACAUCUGAACAUGUCUGGGAAUGGUGUAACUUGCAUAAAGCUACAUUUGUUUACUACUGACUGGACUUGAACCUAUAUGACUGUUCCCCUGUCUUAUGAUAUCAUUCCACAAGUCUGUCUGUGAAUUUAUUUUGGAAUAGUAAUUGUAAAAAAUUGGUAAAAGUACUUAUGUUUUUAAAAGAAAUAUUGAUGUGUUUUCAGUUUAUUUUGCCAUUAUCAAACAAAGUAUGUAGACUUAAAAAGAACAACCAAAUAAAAAUGAAGUUACUUUUAA